AUGAAGGAAAUAAUAAUUCUCAAUUUAGGAUGGAAUGGAAGUAUAAUUGGUGAUCAACUCUAAGAAUAAUUAGCAAUAGAAAAUCAAAUACAGGAUUUAAAUCUUUUGAAUAAAGAAUCAGAUUUCUUAAUCAAAUCAUUUUAUUAUGAAACUUAAAAUGGAUAAUUUAUUCCUAAAACCGUAUUUGUUGAUUCUGAUACCUAAUUUUAAAAGAAGAAAAUGUAUGCAAAAUAAAAUGUAAUUAAACUUAUUUAUUCUUUAGUUUUCUUCAUUUAGAUAAAUGGUUGAGAAAUGUGAAAAUUUAUAAGGAGUACUUGUUAUCAAUACAACAAAUUAAAAUUACGAUAAUUAUAUCAAAGAAUAAUAAUAAUUAAUACCUACUGUCCCAUUUUAUUUUGUUAAUUUGAUUGAAGAUUAAAUAUCAUUUUCUUAGUAAAUAAGUUUAUUAAAAUGUUAUGAAAUGCUUAAAGAAUAUGCAGAAGUGUGUCUGUAAAUUAAUGGAAGUGUAUUUUUAGAAAAUAAAUAAUAUACAACAUACCCUCCUAGAAAUAUUUCAUAAUUUUUAAGUUUUUGUUUGGCUUCAAUUAAUCAACCAUAUAAAAAAUAAUUAGAUAUCACAACAUUCUCUUAACAUCUAUUUUUAGAUUAUGAUUAAAAGUUUUUAUCAUGUGGUUUUGAUAAUACUUAUGUAAAUUCUUUUAAUAAUAAUUAUGGAGGUAUAAAUUAUCAAGAAGGAAAAUUCAAUAAAACAGGAUUAAUUAUCAGAGGAGAACCCAAUUUAGAAUAAGUUAAAUUGGUUCAAGAUAUUACAUAAAUUCCUAUUUAAAUGGGUAUACUUGAAAAAGUUUAUCCUGGAAUUGCUUAAAUAAGUAAUCAUAGUAAUAAUGUAAAUAUAUUGGCAAAAACUAUCAAAAAAUUUGAGUAGAUACCAAAAUAAUUUUUUAAUAUUGAUUAUGAAGUUAAUGAAGGUCUAAAUUAGAUUGUUGCAGCAUAUUAAUGA